AUGGAAAACAAAGAAUUUGUCAAACUGGGUGAUAUACUUCACAAUCGUUUUAAGGUUAUUAAUCGUCUUGGUAAAGGUGGGUGUGGUGCUGUUUACGAAUGCUUGGACACUAAGACGAAAACUAAUGUUGCAAUGAAAAUAGAAGCUGGUGGUGAAGGUGCGGAAUCAACAUUAAAAAUGGAAUUUGAAAUACUUAAAGCUUUAGAGAAUAAAAGGAAUGUGGCUAAGAUAAUUUUUGGUCAGAAAAAACAAGAAUUCUGUUAUAUUGUAAUGACUUUACUUGGAAAGAAUCUUAAUGAUCUUUUGAUUCUUUGUGGUUCUUUCAAAAUAUCUACUCUUGCAAGAAUUGGAGUGCAAUUACUUUAUGGAUUGAAAAAUUUGCAUGAUGUUGGAUUUAUACACAGAGAUAUGAAACCUGGAAACAUAGCUAUUGGAAGAAGUGGCGUUAAUCAGAAAAUAAUUCAUAUUCUGGAUUUUGGAUUAUCUAGACGAUUUAAAGAAAAGGGAAAUUCAGGAAGAUUAAUUCCAUCAAGAAAAGUUGUUCUCUUUCGUGGAACAAUACUUUAUUGUAGUCUUAAUGCUCAAGAUCAAAAGGAACAAACAAGAGGUGACGACUUGAUUUCACUUGCUUAUCUUCUUGGUAGUUUUAUAAAGCCUCUUCCAUGGGAAGUAGCUGCUGACAAACUUGAAGUAACUCUUUUCAAAGAAGCAUUAAGAGGUAAAGAUUUAUUUCCUGGUAUCCAAUCUUUGUCUGAUUUCUAUGAAUAUGUUAAAAACCUUAACCAAUAUGAAAACGAACCGGAUUAUGAAAAAAUUUUUCACUUUUUUAAUAAAAUCAUUCUUGAAACUAAGGUAAAAUUUUCUGAUCCAUAUGAAUGGGAGGCAAUUUUAGAUAAGGAAACAGAAUCCAAGAAAAAGAAACCAAAUCAAUCUGUUCAAGUUAAUGAUCCAAAAAAAGCUGAUUUAGAUAAUAUUUAUGUUGUUAAUCACUUUAAAAGAUCAUAG